AACCGUCAAGGUGCCGCCUCUUUGUCAGAUCAGCUGAUCACCUUACAGCAAGGACCUAAACAGCUAGCGAUAGCGUAACGUAGCUGCUGGUAAAAGUUAUGACAGGACAUGACAAUUUUAUUGUGUGUGACAAGGUAGGACAUCGACUAGAAGCGCGUUUAAAAUGAUCGUUUUGACGGCAUAGGACAAAGAUAUUCCGGGGUUUGUGUUGGAGAGGUUGCGCUGCCCUGUCCGGCUAGUUAACAUUUAGCUUUUAUAGCUAACCUGCGUCAGUGGCAGAAGCUAACAGGCUAACUCACCUCAGUCUUCAGGUACCAUUAGCUUGUUAUUAGCCACUUGAACGAAUGUCAAGGGGUGCUUUUAUGAAAUAUUGUGUAGUAGAUAGAAAAGGGUGGCUUGUUUUUUUAAAUAAUGUAGUGUAGCUGUAUAAGUAAUCGUACGAAUCAGAUUUCCUGCGUAUAGUGUUCGGUAGUUGUAUGGCCCAGCUAUUUAGCUGCCCGCAAAGCUAGUAUAAGGAAGCGUUAACGCUGCAGUAAACAUCCUUGACACUCAAAAAAUGUUAGCUUUAGUGUCUCUCUGUCUGUACUUUUCAGAUCCUGGUUUUGGUGAGGAACUGAGAGCGUCUGGCCACCUGUCACUCGAAUUGAAGACUAACGAUGCCUUAUCUCUGAGGAUGGGAGGAAGUGGAUCCAAAGCCAAAGGCGUCUGGCCUUUCUCAGGCAGCGGCGCUGGAGGCGAUUCAAGCAGCGAUGGGAACGAACAGUCUUUGGCCCGACUCAAAGGUUCCAGAAAUGCAACGCCAUUUGUUUUUACAAGGAGAAGUUCUUUGUACUAUGACGAGGAUGGAGACCUUGCUCAUGAAUUCUACGAGGAGACCGUGGUGACAAAAAAUGGCAGAAAAAAGUCCAAGUUGAAGAGGAUUCAGAAAAAUCUGAUUCCACAGGGAAUUGUGAAGCUCGACCACCCCUGUAUUCAUGUUGAUUUCCCCAUCAUCCUCUGUGAGGUGUGAAAAGUUGCACAGGACUGAUCCACAAUGAAGUGCAGCCACAGAUACUUGUCUCGGACUCUUCUUCAAGUCUCCAAGCAUUGCGGUCAAGACUGGAACUGUGGUCUGGAGGCUAAAAAGAAAACUGUCUUGCUAUACUGAUAUAUUGAAUGAAAUGUUAUACAUUUGAAUUCAACUAUAGUCAGACGGUGCCCUGUUCACAUAAAUCCACAUUUUGAUAUUCACACAAGUAGUCAUGGUACAGGUUGUGUUUCCACGACUCAGCGGAUAUGUAAGCAGUCUUAGAGAGUACACCAUAUGAAGUUGUAUUUCUCUUGUGAGUUUUUUUUAGCAGGGAAAACCACCCUUGAUGUGAAAAGGCUUUAAUGUUUUAUGCCUUGUGAAAGAGUGAAACUGCACCUGUCCUUGUAUGUGUACAUGUGUGCACUUAGGCUUGUUUGAGUGAAUGUGUGUGAGCGGGGCUGACGAUGUAGUUACAAGGUAGCAAUUAAGGAUUGUGACAUUUAUUGUAUAUAUGGAUGGUCAUGCUCUGUGUUGUCAUGUCUGAGUUUGUUGCAGAUACCGAAGCUCAGACCUGCACUAGUGAACAAAAUGUACUGUACAUAACUUAAGAUUUCUUAGUUGGAAAUACUUGAAUAAAUGGUUUACUGAGCUGAA